UCUGACCACCCGGUGCACCUGGUGGGCUGCUUGAUGUCUUAGCUCGCCAACUCUUCCCUCCACCAACCACUACGACCACCACACCUUAAACAAAACAAACCACACACACACACGCGUACCAAGUUGUGCCAACAUGUUCAUCCUCAACUGGUUUUUCGACAUCCUUGCUUCCUUGGGCCUCGUGAACAAGCAUGCUAAGAUGCUGUUCCUUGGUCUGGACAAUGCUGGUAAAACCACGUUGCUCCACAUGCUGAAGAACGACCGUCUUGCCGUUAUGCAGCCUACUCUUCACCCAACGUCAGAGGAGCUCGCCAUUGGCAACGUCCGUUUCACCACGUUUGACCUGGGUGGACAUCAACAGGCCCGUCGUCUGUGGAGAGACUACUUCCCCGAGGUUAACGGCAUCGUUUAUCUUGUCGACUGCUGUGACUUUGAACGUCUUCCCGAGUCUAAAGCUGAACUUGACGCCUUGCUGGCCAUGGAGGAGCUGGCCAAUGUUCCUUUCUUGAUUCUCGGCAACAAGAUUGACGCUCCCGGUGCUGUCUCGGAGGACGAGCUGAAGAAUGCUCUUGGUCUGUACCAAACCACCGGCAAGGGCAACAACAAGCAGGCCCCCGGUAUUCGUCCCAUUGAGGUCUUCAUGUGCUCUGUCGUCUUGCGUCAAGGCUACGGUGAAGGCUUCAAGUGGUUGGCUCAAUAUGUUUAAGGCGGUUCGCCGUGUGUGCACCGAGCAGACUAAGAACAGUGAAUGGUGCGGUAAGUCCUUGCUGCCAUUUCUUCCUUUAGCUCUGGUUUAUGCACACACACUAUUCGGAUCCACUCGCACCCACUCACAUCCACUCGCUUGCUUCCCAUUCAUUUGUCUUCUUCAUCCUCACUAGCAUCCGUGCUUGACGUAGUCGGUGUGUAGAAGCCUUCAUUGUCGUCGUCGUCGUCGUUCUUGUCGCGGUCAUUGCAGUGUUCGACGUCCUUGCCUUCUUCAGCAUAAGCAACCAUUUUAAGCGUUUCCUGUAUUUCGUCUGCAUCACUUCCCGUAAUGUGCAUUCCUUUCAGCAGUCGUUCUGUGUUCGAAUCAGCAUCCAGCGUUGCUAGCACACGCACUAGCAUGCCCGGGCGCCACUGCCGGUUGUUUGUUUGGUUAGGUACAACGUAAAAACGUGCUAGAACCGUUGGCAUCUUGCCGCUGCGAAAUGCAUCUUCUAACUCGAACUGGGCAAUUGGUUGUUUUUGUUUAACGUUGCGUAUUUUCCCUGUACGACAGAACGCAAAAUGUAAUUAGUAAAUGCAA